GAACAGUCUGUCAACUACCACUGCUGUCAAAGUCAGAUGUCAGGAGUGCUAAAGUCUUCACAUCGCUUCUGACUUGCAAAACUUUAUCGGCAAAAAAUUGUAUUUAUAAAUUAGAAACUAAGUCCAUUGCGAUGAGGUCUAUACGAACUAGUUUUCUAUUGCUUUUCCUCAUAAAAGUCUUACUCAGUUUUGACUUCUGCGCUGCAUUAUACGAGGAUCAAAUCAAAAAAUUCGAUUGGACUCUUGAAAAUAUUGGCGAAAUAAUAACUGCUCAAUUCUAUACAUCAGACUAUAACACUCGCAUAUUCGUGGCGACGAAGGAAAACGUCUUGGCCGCAUUAUGCCCACGUACAGGAAAACUACUGUGGCGAAGAAUUCUUGAAAAAGGUCCACGUGGAUCUGUUCGUUUCUUUCACAUAGAAAACGAAGUUUCUUCGUCGGCAGUAGCACGCACAACACAUCCCAGUGGUGUUAUUACAGUUACAGGACAUGCUCCGGCAAUUGUGCGAGGUUGGUCGCCCGCAACUGGCAAUGUCGAAUGGGAAUGGUCGGUGAUGCCGGUGCAACAAGAGCGAGCGGAAGACGCGCUUUGGUUUUUCCAUAGCACAUAUUUGUACCACGUUAUACCAGUGUGGGGAUCACAUCUUGAAGUAACCAAGUACUUGGCUACAACUGGACAGAGCCGGGGAACUACGGCAAGGAUCACGGCUCCUUGGAUUCAAGAUGCUAAAUGCACCCUCGCCGCGUCACAUUUUGUCUGUUUAGAUAAAAAUCAACUUAUUUGGCUGGAUUUAACUGAAGACACUCCACAAAUCCAGCGUAAAACUUUGGAUUUCUUGCCGAAAGCGAAACCUGAAGCUUUAAAGAGUCACAAUAACGCCAUUCUUCUCGACGAUAUCAUCAUUUCACUGGUCGACGAGCGUAUUUCAUGCCAGAAAGAGGCUGACGCGAAUGCUUUCCAUUCGAUCCUACAGGAGCAGCCAGCAAUCAUUUUAACAACCAAACAUGAAAAAAUCUUACAAAUAUCCACCAUAAACGCCAACACAUGUGAUAAACUCAAAGACUCGCAAAAGUCCAUCCAAAUUCCCGACGGCUACGGGAACUUCAAACUUGAAGCCGUCGAUUGUAAAGUUAAACGGGGCACCAAUAAGUUUGGCUGCAACUACCUUUUCUCAACAGAAGAUGGUGCCAUCAUCUUAACCAAUGGCGAGGAUAUUCGGUGGACACGGGAAGAGUCCUUAUCGAAAAUUGUAGCAGUUGAAUUCAUUGACCUUCCCUUGUCGGACGCAGAAGGGGCCAUCGAAACUGAAUUGAAUAGCAAACCAGAGGAUGAAUAUGACGAUUGGGACAUCCUUGGAGCAUUAGUCCGUCGAUUUUCCAGUCAAAUUCUGCAACUCAAGCAUAUCUUCUUUACGGUUGUUGGAUUGGGGAUACCUCAAAGUGCAACACAAAAAGCUGGUUUGGUUCGAGAUGCUUUCGGGUUGCACAAGAUGAUUGUAGCUGCAACAAAUACCGGAAAACUUUUUGGUAUCGACAAUUUGAAUGGAAAAAUUCACUGGAUGAAGUAUUUGCCUUCAGUCGAUGGCUUUGCUAAUAAUGAGAACGUAAAAUUGAUAGUUCAAAGAACUUCGAAACAUUUCCCCAAUCAACCGUUAUGCUCGUUAGUAGGCAGAGAGAAGUCAACAGGCUUUGGAUUAUUAUAUCGCUUCAAUCCCAUAACUGGACAGCAGAGUGAAGGUGGAUUAACCAAAUUGGAUUACAAAGUAAAACAAUUGGCUUUACUUCGUGAUCGAGAAACGGAUUUCCUGAAACCGUUACUACUGCUGGACGCAAAUAAUGCCGUUCAUGUACUGCCGGAAGAUGCAAAGAGUUCGGCCGACAACAUGUACAUGUUCACAGCCAAUAAGCAGUCAGGUACCCUGCAAGGAUUUUAUAUCGACGCUAAAUCGGAGAAAGUAGUUGCCAAACCAAUUUGGAAAGUUAACUUAAGCAAUCAAGGAAGUCCACAGAAAAUCAUAAAAAUUGCUGGAAAGAAUCCAAACGAGCACGUCCACUCACAAGGACGAGUGUUGAGUGAUCGAUCAGUUCUUUACAAAUACAUUAACCCGAAUUUGGUUGCUGUGGUGACACAAAGUUUGGAUCCGAUUCAUAAAUACAUCUUGAAUGUUUACUUGAUUGAUGUUGUAUCCGGGUCGAUUGUUUAUUCAAUGUCGCACCGUAAAGCCAGAGAACCUUUACAAAUUGUUCACUCUGAAAACUGGCUUGUCUAUUCAUAUUAUAAUGAUAAAGUUAGAAGAACUGAAUUAACAACGGUUGAACUUUAUGAAGGAAAGGUCCAAACAAAUAGUACAAUUUGGAGUUCACUAGAUGCCUUACCUGUUCCCCUCAUAGAGAAGCAAUCAUAUAUCCUUCCAUCCACAGUAGAGACCAUGCGUGAAACGAUUACUGAACGGGGAAUUACUAACAAACAUGUUCUGAUCGGAAUCUCGUCUGGAGCAGUGGUUGAAAUGCCAUGGGCCUUGCUGGAUCCUCGCCGUCCCGUUUCAAAUGUAAAUCAAGCACGAGAAGAAGGUUCUAUACCAUACAUUCCGGAAUUACCCUUGCCAACAGAGAACAUUAUCAACUACAACCAGUCAAUUUCGAGGAUAGAAAACAUACACACAGCGCCAAGUGGACUGGAAAGUACUUGUCUCGUAAUCGCGCACGGUCUAGAUAUUUUCGUCACGCGUGUAGCACCGUCGAAAACAUUCGAUUUGCUGAAAGAAGAUUUCGACUACUUUCUAAUCACCGUAGUCUUAAUCGCUCUGAUAACAGGUUCAUUUGUGGCAAAGCAUUUAUCAGCGAGAAAGGCCUUAAAGCAAGCUUGGAAGUAAUAGUCCCAUUUUCACAAAUGGUUUUUUACACAUCCAUAGAAAUGUGUAUGCAUUUUUUGUUUGGUGAUUUAUGUUUUGAUUAUUAGUCGUUGUUUCUUUUUUAAAUAUAUCGAGUAAGUCUGUGGUACAUUUAGAUUUCAAUUUAGUUUGUUUGUACCAAAUAAUUUUGAAUACCAAAAUGGAUGUAUGUUUUGGAUACGCAUAGUAUUAAAAAAGAAAAGUCUAAUUGCAUGACUGACUCGCGAGAAUUAUGAGCAAAUCGGAACAUUUUCUAUUAGUCGUAAUAAUUGGGUAUUUGCUAAGUUAAGUCAUUAAUUUCAAAUGAAACGCGGGAGGAAAUAGAAUCGUUCAAAAUAAAA